GACUGGGGCAAAUGUCUAGAUGGAACCGGGUUACCCGGUUCUUGAUUCCCGAUGACAACCGUAAUCACCUGAUCAAGUGCACUCGGAUGCAACGAAUCGAACAACUGCUGCGCUCGUUGUGUGUGGUCAAUAUAAAACGAUCCAGUUCUGCGGUCUUUGUGAUCAGUUUAGAUCGGAACGGUGAUGAUGAGUGUUUAUUGAACAUCAAGAUGAGAGAAAGUCGACUAAUUCUGGUGCUGUUGCUAUUUCCAUUCGGAUGUUUGGUGCUGGGAGGAUCUGUCCUGAGGGGCACUUUGAAGCAACUAGCUUGGGAGGCCAAGGAUUUGUUUAAGAUUUGUGCGUCGAAAAAUGACUCCCGGUGGCAGUGUUUGAGGGAGGAAAGUCUAGCGGCGAUGGACGAGUUUGCUGGCAGUGAGAUGAUACCUUUGGUAGAAGGUAUUAGCUUAGUACGUGUGAAAAAUGGCAUUGGAAAAACGGUGAAGUCGGCUCAGGAUUCACUGAACAACCCGGAGACCAUCGGUAAUCUGCGUGCAUCUAAUCGUGAGGGGAACCGGGAUGGAAGUCAAGAGCAUCCAGUGAAUGAGAGUAAACCGUGGACCUCACGCGUUUUGGCGGCUUUGGAUCACAUGUUUCAAACGCACGUUCUGCAGAUUGAUUUAUUCAAUUCUGUUGGUGGAGGAAAGUAUUGGAUGAAUAAAAAGGAAGCCAACUGGCUGUGGAAAUAUCAUCGGAAAUUAAGUAAUCAGUCUGCAGUUGAAGGACGUCAUCGUCGCCAACGACAGCAGAUGAUACCGAUGAUGAUAUUCGGAGUGACAGUAUUCGGUAUGUUCGCGGUUCCACUGGGAUUCCAGUUCCUAGCAGCGCUCAGUGGGAAAGCAUUCCUGAUGGCAAAACUCGCUCUGCUGUUGGCAUCUAUCAAUGGAAUGAAAAGGGUAGCUUCAACCGGAAUUCAUUACGGACUUUAUCACCCUCUUGAUCAUCAUCAUGCUCAUCACUCGCAAUCUGUCCUGUACGACCGUGAGUCCGGAUAUGGACCUCGCGCUAUGCCACCGAUAGAAUAGCAGCUAAGCUUCAACCGUAGAAUAGGACGAAGUUUUUUCGGAUUAUCGAGUUCUGCUCACAACGAAAUGGAGCAGCCCCAGCAACACUCGACUACUGCCAUGGUUCAGCAACAGACAACAACAAUGACUCCAGCCCCGCAGUUCUACCAUCUAUGGAAUGCGGCUGGUCACGGUCCUCCACCGCCACCGAAUCCUUAUCAUCAUCAACCCUUCCAACACCCUGGUCACAUGGAUGGACAAUUUCCGCCAGCACCACCACCA